AUACUUGCGCGCCGCCGCCGCCGCCGCUCGCUGGGGAAAUUGGAAGGCUGCCAUGGCUUGCCCAGCCGCCUCCUCGGUGCGACCGCCGAGGCCCAAGAAAGAGCCGCAGACACUCGUCAUUCCCAAGAAUGCGGCAGAGGAGCAGAAGCUCAAGCUGGAGCGGCUCAUGAAGAACCCGGACAAAGCAGUUCCAAUUCCAGAGAAAAUGAGUGAAUGGGCACCUCGACCUCCCCCAGAAUUUGUCCGAGAUGUAAUGGGUUCAAGUGCUGGGGCUGGCAGUGGAGAGUUCCAUGUGUACAGACAUCUGCGCCGGAGAGAAUACCAGCGACAGGACUACAUGGAUGCCAUGGCUGAGAAGCAAAAAUUGGAUGCAGAGUUUCAGAAGAGACUGGAAAAGAAUAAAAUUGCUGCAGAGGAGCAGACCGCAAAGCGCCGGAAGAAGCGCCAGAAGUUAAAAGAGAAGAAAUUACUGGCAAAGAAGAUGAAACUUGAACAGAAGAAACAAGAAGGACCCGGUCAGCCCAAGGAGCAGGGGUCCAGCAGCUCUGCGGAGGCAUCUGGAACAGAGGAGGAGGAGGAGGUGCCCAGUUUCACCAUGGGGCGAUGACAGUGUUUGCCACAGCCUCUGCCUGGAACCUGGCUCGUGCUGUGACCAGAAGGGAAAGGCAGCUGUUUGGCUCUUUCUCCCCCGCGAGGACCCGCUGACCCGCUGGAUGGAGAGCAAAGGAGACCCCUCCCAAGCCGCUCUCAGUCCUUCAUUUGGCAGGGUUGAGAGCCUGAGGGGCCAUCUCCCUGACACUCAGAGGCACUGCCUUGCAGACGCCAUCCGUGUUCCUGGUAAAAGGGGACAGAGAGCCUCACCUUGCCACAUAUUUGAACAGUGAUGAGUUUGGGGCUGGUUUCUGGGAAGGGAACGUUUAUUUAGUAAAGAGCAGAACACCCUUGCGUUUUGUUGGGACAUGUGGACUGUGAGUCACAAACACUCUGGAGAAGGCUGAGAUGCCACCAUUCCCACGGGGACUGAAGACUCAUUACGUGGACCUGGUCCCAGGCUCAGUGAGGAGAUGGCCUCGGCUGGGGGGCUGGUCCAUGUUGCCCACUCACUCCAGUGGGAAGUGGGGACCACGCCGCAGAGGGUCUGCUCCCACUGCAGCUUCCGGUGCUCUGGUGUUCUGGGAAGCCCUGGGUGUGUGCACAAGGAGGCCCGGGCCAGGGACUUCACCAGGGGCUGGGUCACAAGGGCACAGGGUGUGUGGAAAGCGCUGUGGGGGAAGAGCCGGUCACCGGAGAAUGAGCAGGCAGAGACUCCAAGCUGGGCUGAGCCAGAGCAGAAGUCGAGGGAUUCCCAGCCGGACCAGGGUUCUCUCACUGACAGCUGCAUUUUCAUCCCGAAGUGGAAGGGGGUCUAAACAGAACGGGCUGAUAGAGGCGGGACUGGGUCAAGUGCGUGGAGCUCCUCCUUGCAUGACUGCAACCGUAGGGGCUUUCCGCGGGCUCACAGCAGUUGGGGCCAGCAGGGAGAAGAGAGCGGAACUGCUGUGUCCUCAGGUGGCGCAGCCCCAGACUGGCAUCCAGGCACUGGGCCCGUGCAGUGAAGGCAUCUGCAGAGAGCAGGGCAGCCCGGCGCAGGGCCGUGCACCUGGAAUCCCAGCUACUCAGAAGGCCAAGGCGGGAGGACCAGUUGAGUCCAGGGAUUCAAGGCCAACCUGGGCAAUAGAGUGAUGAUGAUGAUGAACACAGAGGGCGGGGCACUGUGCUGGGAGCCAGGGGGCCUGGGAGGAGCCAAGACCAGCCUUUGACCUCGGUGUUUUGAGGCGAGAGAUGACAUCUCUCGGUGAGAGAUGACAGAGACGGUUUCUAGUUAGAGCCUUGGCUCCAUUUUUGGAUGAUUUAGCCCCGAGUUCCUGAGUCUGUUUUAUGCCCCUUACAUAACUUUGAUAGAAUUAAGGAAAUAGUGGUUUUGAGUGAAGGGAAAGGAAACCCAGAAACAUUUUACGUUGCUUUUACUUCUGUAGUGUAGAUUGCCCGGCCCCUCUCUCAGCCCUGUAGCAUCUGUGAUAGCUUCUGUCCCUUCAUUGGUUCAUGUCCCAGGGAUUUUCUUUCCCAGGAAGCGGACACAGAGAGUCAGCCCUAAUAAAUGAGCACAUGCCCUGGCUGUA